AGAGGUCAUCGGGAGCAUGCAAGUGUUCGCGUCCGUUGAUUCCAAAAGCCUUCGACACAAAAACUUAAGAGAAAUUUUAUAUGUCCCAAAGCAAAUAUACAAUCUGGAUGGACGGGAAUAAUUUUGGAAAGGUGUUCCGUAACUAACACAAUCAUUAGUAUUAUAAUGAAUUUAUGAAGGAUGCUGAUUAUUUUUGCACUAAUGACUGUAGUUUUAGCUGAGUUUGAAGAUUGUCGAACCCAACAUGGAACCGAUGGAAAGUGUAUUCCUGAAAGAAACUGCAGCCACAUGGUGAAUGUCAUUAAUGCCAUAAUUUAUCAAUCAGGCCAAAACUACCGCCGUAAAAAUACUUGCAGUAAUGAUCCGUCAAUGGUGUGUUGCCCAAUCAUCGAUAGCGAAAUCCCAUGUGAUUCACACAUUAUGAUUGAUAAAAUUGUUGGAGGAGAAUUCUCCACCAUCCGACAUUAUCCUUGGAUGGCAUUAAUAUUUGAUAAUGACAGUCAAAUACCAUGGUGUGGUGGGUCUCUUAUCAAUCAGAAACACGUUUUGUCUGCGGCCCAUUGUUUCCCUCAAGAAUAUUCUGCAUCUGAACAACGAUAUGUGGUACGAAUAAGUGAAUGGGAUUGGACCAGGAAACAGAACUGCACAAAGGAUGGAACGAUUUGCCGCCAAAUUCUGAACAUUGAUCAAAUUUUCAUACACCCAUUUUACAAUUAUACAGAUAACUAUUCAAAAAACGAUAUCGCUGUGCUGAGGCUUUCAGGUCAUGUGGAUCCCUUUAAUUACAUUAAGCCAAUUUGUUUGCCCUCUCAAGAACGUUUCAAAACACUGCAAUUCGAUGAAUUGAGUCUCGAAGUUGCUGGAUGGGGUGGAACAGAAGAUUAUAGGUACAGUCGAAAAUUAAUGAAGGUAAAGCUUCCAGGCAAAUCACUUGAUCAGUGCAGAAGUCUAUAUAAAACACAAACAUCUCUAGAUAGUUCGCAACUUUGUGCCGGAGGUGAACAAGGAAAGGAUUCAUGUGUUUUUGACUCUGGUGGUCCGUUGAUGUACCAGGAUGGGGAUCAUUGGGUUCAGCUAGGCCUGGUGAGCUUCGGACCAGCAGAAUGUGGUAAGAAGGGAUACCCUGGUAUAUAUACAAACGUAUUCUACCACUUAAACUGGAUCGUAGAUGUUAUCCAAGGUUUGUGUCAAAACUGCUAUUUUGCUGCGCAGUGUAUCCCCAGGCCUGGACAACAGAAAAAUGAAAAAUAAAUAAAAGCGCUCAGAUGUCAAAUGGAUCUGAAUCAAUCACCGUCCAGUAAGCAGGUAUCAAAUUUUGUUUCAUUAGAAUAAUCAUUACUAAAACUUUUUUUAAGUCGUUGAGAAAGUUUUGCAUUGGACAGGUUAACAAGUUUCACUAUAUUGAGCAUGCCUCAUCUAUAAAACAUUAGUUUUGUUGAUUUUGUUUGGUUCCGGCACGAGUUUUUAUCAUAAACGAUCACAACUCUUUU